AUGGACAAGCUCUUGGCGGAGAGCACUGCUCUCGCAUCAAUUCCUCUCUCUCGAGAAGAAGACCAAUAUGACAAAACCGCGAAGACGUUGGUGAAUAAGCUGGGCAAGCUUUCUCCAAAUGAAAUCACACCUGCGAAAGAGGAUCUUGAUGCAAUACCACCCUCCGACCACACCAUUCUGUAUACCUAUAUGCUUGUAGCAGGCAUCGAGGUAUCUGCAGCCAGUGGAAAAGUGGCUCCGAGGCAACUACCGUCAACUGUCCUCCCUGAAGGUGCCUUAUGGCCUUACAUCGCUCAGCUUCUCCUCGAAUUCGACCCUGUCCAGGCACGGUAUUGCGGUGCUCAAUUCCUCCGGAUCGUCGACUGCGUUGCUAUGGGCGCGGAGCAGACGUCGAAUUACGUGCCUGCGAUCCAACUGCUCUACCAUGUCAUUCUCAGACUCGACGCAACUUCAUCUUGUCUGACAUCCACACACCGCACAUUCCUCCGCCUUUGUCUGCUUUCACAAGCAUAUGCCGAAGCUGCUCGUAUUCUAGACCACCCGAUCUAUCACAUUCCGUCCCUGAGACAGGACCUCCGCUCAAAUAGAUGUCUUUGCUCGAAUUCAGAUCAGCCAUGGAGCUUUCUAAGUCCGGUCACUGGUCUGAGUCAACCAAUCACCAGUCGCACAUAUCUCGAGUACUAUCUCAUGGGAGGCAUGUGCUACAUGGCAUUGGGAAGAUACAAGGAUGCGAUGUUUUUCCUCGAAGUUGUGUUCACCGCGCCAGCCGUUCAGAACGUCGCCAGCCUUCUCAUGGUGGACGCCUACAAAAAGUGGCUGUUCCUGGGCCUUCUGCUGACCGGCGCCAGCCGUCCAAUACCAAGGUCGGCGAAUCAAAAUGCAAUCAAGCAUAUUCGCGCGCUGGCCAGACCGUACGAAGCUGUCACCGAGGCUUUCAAAGGUCGCGACGUGGAAAAAUUGCGGACAGAAAUUGAGGCAGGUAAUCUCGUCUGGCAGGACGACGGAAACUAUGGUCUCGCGAUCGAGGUCUUUCAAGCUUUCCGCAAGUUUGCGGUCCAGAGGCUCAGCAGAACGUUUGCCGCGCUCUCAAUAGCAGAAGUCGCGACACGGACUUCGCCAGAUCCAUCAGAUCUCGCCGAGACGAAAGCAUACGUGGACAUGUUGAUCCAGAACGGCGAGCUCAGUGCGGCAAUCACCGAGAGUGCCAACGGCGACCAGACUCUACGGUUCUUGCCUACUACGGCUGCUACACGGCCAGAAGCACAAUUUCAAUCGGCACUAGCGGCGCAGACGCUGGAGCUACAAGCCAUCCUGAGACACGUUCAUGACACCGAACAUCGUCUGGAAGUAUCCAAAGAGUACAUUGACUACCUCAAGAAGCUGAAAAAGAUCAGAGAGGAAAAGCAAGAAGGAAAAGUCACGGGGAGAGGAACGGUCGAUGAGGACAUUGAUGAGGACAUGAUGGAGGAAAUCUAG